AUGGCUGAGCAGAUGCACUCUGGCAAUAGGCCUGCAAGAAAUCUUGAUCCUGUAGACUUGAUCCUUCUGCUCCUAAGCCUCAUCAUCUUGCUCAACCUUGGAAUCAACGUGAUGAUCCUGAUCUGGCGCAGUCUCACGAGGUCCUUAAAUGGAACAUUGGGUUUAUUUCAACCUAAAGGUAAGAUUCCCAAGCCUUCCAUUAAGAAGCCAUCAGGGGUCCCAACUCUGUGCAUCCACUGCACCUUGGACCCUGUGGCUCUAAACGUGGCCCACCCUGCAUCCAAACGACAUCGCUGCUACCGUCAGCACUCAGGAAGUGGCCGUGGCAGUUACUGGGGAAGCUGCCAUAGUCGCCGACACCGUGGUCGCCAACGCCGUCUUCGUUACCAUCGCCACCCUCGAACAUCUUUGCCCCCACCCCCUCCUCCUUCACCUGCAACCUCACCCACUUCCUUCUGUCACCAAGAAACCUGGGACACAGAAUUAGAAGACAAUAAAGAGCCCUGGAACCAAAAGUCCAACUACCAGCAGAGUUGGGACGAAACUUCUCAUCCUGGAAACGUUAGGCAUUACAGGGGAUACUGGAGCAGUUACUAUCCAGGGGGAUCAAAUCUCUCUCCUCAAGACCUGAGGGCUCCCAAAAGGGUGGAAGCAAAGUCUGAGUUGAGACUAGAGACUUAUUAUCAGUCAUCUCCAAGCAGCUGGCCUCAGAAUCUAAAAGAGAACAUGGAACCUGGCCCAAUCCCCACCUCCCCACAAUUCAUACACCGGUUCCCCCCUAACCCAUCUUGGAUGCCUGGCACCCACAACCCCCUUCCUCCAGGUGGCCGGGUUUUAUGUGACAGCUGGGAGCUGAGACAAAGGGUCCGAGAUGGAAACAAGAGAACCGAUGUCCCCAAGACACCCCAGUCUGCACCUCGAAGCCCUGAGCCCCAAAGCUAUGCUGAGAAUGUUGUAUCUAAACAGUCUGUGCGGCGGACCACAGUGCCCCUCAUCUCAGCACACAUCCCCCUCACUCGGACUCACGUCUCAGCAGGACAUUUGCCCUUCAGCAGCCGGGAUAGGCCAGAGGUAAAACGACGAGAUGGAGACCACAGAGAACCGUUGCCCCACCGGACCACAAUGGGCUCGUCCCCCUCCUUCAACAGACUCCCCAACCAUGAGACACAAAACCACUGUGGUUCUGCCCCAAAUGAGAGCCUGAUAUCCGAGGUCACCCAGCCCUUGUCCUAUGUCUCAGCACGUGCUCCAGCCAGAGUUCCAGCUCCUGACCCAGGCUGUGCACCUGCCUUCAUCCCCCUUAGUAGGAGCCCAGGGGGCCUCACCAACUACCAAGUGUAUGAUAGCCAGGAGCUGAAGCGGCAAAUUCAGGAAGGCCAUGGGUGUCGAGGUGAGGCCUUUUCCUACUCCCCUGCCACACCCCGCACAGGUCCUUCCUCAUCCUGGCAUUCUCUACACAGAACCAAGGCUGGGAGGCUGAACUGA